AUGGCAUCUACAAAAGUGGACCUCAGUUCUCCCGAACCCUACAUCACUCCCGCUGAGAUCUACAGCGGUCUCUCGUUCAAUAUUAGCAGCAAUUCCAGUCCAGAUACUCCAACAUCCACCCCACCAAUAACUCUCCGCAUAGCAACUGGAGGAGCUGGACAAUCUGGACUUAUUCGCGCUCUUGCCAAUGAGUUUAUCGAGUUCGAGAUAGACAGAACAGGUUGUCCACGAUUCAGUAUCGCAUGGUUAUUAUCAGAUACGUCUGCAAGUUUCAACUAUUUAGGAAGUAGAGCGGCGGAUUGUAGCAUCACUUAUCAUAAGACUGCAGAGGAGAUAGCUUUAAAGCAGGGAAUUGCAGAGAGGAGGGAGUAUGCUUGGAGAGAUCAUUGGUUGCUUGUUGGACCGAAACAAAACCCUGCCAGGCUUCCACUUGAUAGUACAGACAGCUCUACAAUAUUUGAUCUAUUCGGUCAAUUAUUCAUGGCUUGUGUAGAAAAUCCAAACAUUAGAUUCUUAUCCCGAUACGAUAAAUCCGCCGCCAAUAUCAAAGAAUCUUCUAUUUGGACAGCUAUCGGUCAAACUCCGUGGGCACAUCCAUAUUCAAGUUGGUAUCAUCGCUACAUAGAGUUUCCAUUUGCUGCGUUGAGGGCUGCAUGCGUCUUAGGCGAGUACACAAUUACUGAUAAGGGUACAUGGUUAAGUAUUGAAGAAGAAGUUAGAGACAAGAUGAGUAUUUUUAAAGCGAGCACAGAUGCCCCAGAUGAUCCAUUAUUGAAUCCUGCACAUAUAUUAGUAGGCACGAGAGGGAAAAACAUAGUCAUGGCUCAUAAAUUUGCAGAUUGGAUGAUAGCAAGGGACGGUGGACAGAAGGUUGUCGAGGAGUUUGAAGUGAAUGGUGCUAUCUUCAUACAAGUCCCUCAAAAUCUCACGACCAUGAACGCUCAAGGCAACAAAGAGGAGUUAGAUCGGCGCUUCGAAGUACUCUCUACUAGGACAAUUGAGCACGAUAUAAGGGGAACAGUGACAGUCGAAAAACUCCCAUCCGUCAAGACUAUCACCAAACAACCAAUAACCGAGAGACAAUCAUCUGCUGGCGCAUUCGACGCCUUUCCACUUGAGAUACAACAAGAGAUAUGCAAGAACCUCGAUUUCGAAAGCAUAGUAACAUUUAGUCAAGCAAGCUGCGCAGCGAAGACCACCGUCGACUCCGUGUUUCCCUUUACUGAAAUCACGUUAAAAGCCUCUAGUUUCCUGAAGGCUAUCGCUGAACUGGGAUUAAUUCAUGUCCACUCGGGAGCAACUAUAGCUCGUGUAUUAAGCUCAUCCUCCUGCAAUUUCUGUUUAAUCUUCGGUUCUUAUUUUUCCCUUGACUGGUAG